GUCACGGUUGUGGCCUACAUCCAUCUGGCUUCUGCAGAGCUUCAGGGUGAGGUAGAUGUUGCAACUUCUGGAGUUUUCUUGAUGGAUGUGCCGGAAGUGAAGGAGGAGCUUGGAGGUGGCCGAUCCUUGCGACGAUUGCGUCGAAGUGCACAGGUGGCUCAGGUGGUCCCUAGCGUUGGGAUCAUUGCUCUGGGUGCCUACUUGUGGCAGAAGGGCGGCCCACAUCCUUUGGAACAUGCUGAGGUUGUUCAGGAGCUUCCGGUUCACCCUGUAUGGCUAGAGCCGAAGACCCAGUCACCCUCCCACGCACGGUGGCCCUUUGUUUUGGCGGCCUUAGCCUUUGCGGCGGCACUGCCCAUUUUGCGGCGCCGGCGUCAGGCCAAGGAAACUGUGCCGAAGACCAGCCUUGUUCCUUUGGCUUCCAAGGUGGGCAGUGGCAAUCCAGGAGAUCCCAAGGCCUAUGAUGGCAUUAUCCUAAGAAGGGAAGGCUCUUGGUACCUGAACGGAUCAUCUGGCAAAUAUAGUUUUGAUCCAUCUUCUGGAUGGCUCAGUGGAGGAGGUGAAAAACUGGGGCGUUUCAUCUGCAAACAGAUCCAGGAUAGACCUCUGGAACUGCCGGUCACCAGCUAUUCCAAGCUGGCCAGCAAUUUUCAGAUCGUCUCCUCUGAAAUCAUGCUGGAAAUCCAGAAACCGGAGAAUGCUGGGGCACUCUUCGUGUUGCCCUCCCAGCUGAAUGGCGCGGAAUAUCCUUCACAUACGCAUGUGGUGAAGUAUGUGGAGGAGUACAAGUCCGACAAUACAGGUGGUCCUCGGGGGCAGCUUGCGGUGCACCCGGCAGCGGCUCAAUUUGUGUUGGACAAUGCGUCCAGCAACCUGGGGCCGGGCAUCAACGCGGUGGAUGAGAUCUUGAACAUGCUGCCGGAGGACCUUGAAUUAGUCAAUGGAUAUUUGAAGAUCCACGAUUUGAACGAUGGCAAACCAGAGACUGAGACUUUAGAACGGCUGGUGAAGUAUUUGAACACUUUGCGGCCCUUGAUCAUGGAGGAUGUUCCAGCCACUGGUUUGUUGCCGGACAAGAAAGGCUUUGCCGAGUGCAAGCACAAAGUGGGCUUGGUCUACGCGUCAGCAGUACCUGUUGACUCAUACAUGAACCAAGGUGGUCAGGUCGAUUUCCAGGCGAAGGUGGCUGAGUUGAUUCUCAUUGGCCAAUACUACGGAGCUUUGAAGUACGCCGCUGAAAGCCAGAGACACGGCGGAAGCACGGGAAAUCGCAGGAAGGUCUUCUUGAUGCCUCUGGGAGGAGGUGCUUUUAACAAUCCCUGGGACAUCAUUGCGAAAAGCAUGGCAAAGGCCAUCCAGUUGUUGGACAAUAGCCUUCUCUCGAUGCUGGACAUUACGGCCCUGGUGUGGCAGGGGAACCCUUCAGAGGAGCAGAAGCUGAAGAUCAUCCUGGGAAAGCUGAAUUCACAACCGGCUGUAUCCAUGACCUUGCAGCCACCUGGUGGAAAGACGCACCUUUUCAGGAUUGCUACCGGGCAGCCUGACGAGGAACCUGAACCCCAUUUCAAGCGGAUGAUGACUGACUUGUCAGAAGUCUCGGAUAGGCCUCUGGUCUAUGAUGAGCAGACGGAAAUCUUCCGCAUGCAGACUCAAGAUGCAUCUUUGGCAGGAGACAGUCCUCGACUGGUAAGCCCUCGACUACAAAGCUCCCGACCAGUUAUGAACAAAGUGGACGAGGGAGCUGAAGAACAGGCUGAGGACGCAGCAAAAGAGACCGAAGGAGCGAAACAAGCAGCAGAGGCUGUAGAAAGGCCAAUUCGUAUUUCUCCAGGAGAGGCCCUACAGUCUCCUGAAUCAAAGACGAAAUCACACGCAGAAGCUAAGCCUGAGGAGGCGAAGAAAGCAGAGGAGGCCAAGAAGGCAGAAGAGGCAGCAGAAGCUAAGGCUGAAGAGGCUAAGAAAGCGGAAGAGGCCAAAAAGGCAGCAGAGGCUGCAGAAGCCAAGAAGGCGGAGGAGGCCAAGAAAGCAGAGGAGGCCAAGAAGGCAGCAGAGGCCGCAGAAGCUAAGAAGGCGGAGGAGGUCAAGAAAGCAGAGGAGGCCAAGAAAGCAGCAGAGGCUGCAGAAGCUAAGAAGGCUGAGGAGGCUAAGAAAGCAGAGGCCGCGGAAGCCAAGAAAAAGGCUAAGGAGGCCAAGAAAGCAGAGGAGGCCAAGAAGGCAGCAGAGGCCGCAGAAGCUAAGAAGGCUGAGGAGGCUAAGAAAGCAGAAGCUAAGAAGGCUGAGGAGGCUAAGAAAGCAGAGGAGGCCAAGAAGGCAGCCGAGGCUGCAGAAGCUAAGAAGGCUGAGGAGGCCAAGAAAGCAGAGGAGGCCAAGAAGGCAGCAGAUGCGGCAAAGGCUGCAGAAGCCAAGAAGAAGGCUCAGAAGGCCAAAAAGGAUGAUGAAACGAAGAGCGCGUUUUUGGGCUCUGUUGAAGAGGUCUCUUGUUGGAACAUGUGGACCGGAAUUCGACGCCGCGAGGUCAGCGUGUUUCGGCCAAGAUUCUUGGAGACACAGGAGACACCUGACCAGCUGCCACAGGACACUCCGCGUCGCGGGUUGAACUCCAGCCUGGUUGGAAAUCCUGGACAGAACAUUCGACAACUGGCACGUGCUUUGGAGAUCAACCAACCUCCCAGCUAUUCCCCCAACUCGAGUCGAGCUGGAUCCCCUUCCAAGGCGACCAAGGAUACCAAGGAUGCUGGUUCCAAAUGA